UGGUCUUUGCUGGUGGGCGCGUGACGUCACAGAGAGGCUGUCAUGGCGGCUGUGGUCAGGCUGCUGAACAGAGGGAUUUUAAGCUCAGCCAUGGGUCAACACUACCUGGCGUUGAGCACCGUAGCGAAAGUUAAAGCGACUGGUUUGAAAGCAGGCCACGCGCUUCCAGAGAAAGUGAAGAUCGUGGAGGUGGGACCCAGAGAUGGACUUCAAAACGAGAAGAGCAUCGUCCCAACAGAGGCUAAAAUUCAUUUGAUUGACAUGCUGUCAGAGUCAGGCCUGCAAGUCAUCGAGGCCACCAGCUUUGUUUCUCCUAAGUGGGUUCCCCAGAUGGCAGACCAGGUGGAGGUGAUGAAAGGAAUUCAAAGGAAACCAGGAGUGACCUAUCCGGUCCUCACGCCCAAUCUCAAGGGUUUCCAGGCUGCUGUAAAGGCUGGAGCAUCCGAAGUCGCCAUAUUUGGUGCUGCAUCUGAGCUGUUCAGCAAGAAGAACAUAAACUGCUCAGUGGAUGAGAGUUUACAACGCUUUGACGAAGUCAUGAGAGCAGCGAAGGAGGCUGCUGUGCCAGUUAGAGGUUAUGUCUCCUGUGUCGCCGGAUGCCCAUAUGAAGGCAAGGUGGCACCUGAGAAAGUUGCACAUGUCGCCAAGCGUCUGUACGCCAUGGGCUGCUAUGAGAUCUCCCUGGGCGAUACUAUAGGGGUGGGGACUCCUGGUAGCAUGGUUGACAUGCUUGAAGCUGUGACCAGAGAGGUGCCAGUCAGUGCUCUGGCGGUGCACUGCCAUGACACGUACGGUCAGGCCUUGGCUAACAUCCUUGUCGCUUUGCAGAUGGGGAUCAGUGUGGUGGACUCGUCUGUAGCAGGACUGGGGGGCUGUCCUUACGCUCAGGGCGCCUCUGGAAACGUAGCGACCGAAGACGUCGUUUAUAUGCUGCAUGGACUUGGAAUACAGACGGGAGUGGACCUCACCAAGCUGAUGGAUGCUGGAGCUUUCAUCUGCCGGACCCUCAGCAGGAAGAGCAGCUCCAAAGUGGCACAAGCUACCUGCAAACUGUAGCAAACACCUCAGUGGCGCUCAGUGCCACUAAUCUGCAGACUCAUCGUCGUCUUCUGAGCUUCUCCAGUUGGAUGAUUGCCACAUUUCUCACGGCGCCGACUCAUGCUGCUUUUUACACGUCAUGAAUUCUAUGAUGACACAAUGGUGACACACUGGACAGUGCCUUAUAUUAAGACAAGAAGCGUCACGUUUUCGAUGAUUGUUUAAGAUGUUGGGCCUCAUAGUGGUUAGUAAAACAUGUCAAAUAUAUGUAUAUGUGUAUAUUUUAACUGAUUCUCUUAAAUUACAGUUUGUACAGAUUAUUGUAGACUUUCAAAAUAAAAUACUUCACAGUAAAA